CCACUGGCGGGCGCUUAUUCAACUGUUUCGCGUCGGAUGGUACGGAUCGUGUCGAAAUCGAAACGUGAUCGCUUACCUGACUGUAGGUCUGGGUAGGUAAAGAAUGUUCAACGGUCAGCGGAGGUGACGCAAAAGAGUAGUUUAACGUGACACGAGGUGAUCGGAGUUUCGUUCUGGGAAGUGUUUAAGAACAGUGAAUCUGAUUGAUUGAAGCGGUUUAAUAGUGAGGUACAAGUGAUAGAGAAUGAGUGCUUUGUGAUCGCGCGAUGGCUGGACAGAAAUUCUUCCAUGGCCUCACUGAGGCCAUGAUUAACCGUGCUUCGGAUCGACCUGAUCGACAGAAAUCCAGCUUCUACUGGCCGGACGAGUACCUGCAGGAUCCGGAAGAGAUCUACAAAACUUCCAGCCGUCGACAGUCGACGGCGUCGUCGAUAAGGUCGACACCCACCCAGGAAUGCGCUAGCCCUGCCAGUGAGUACGAGUCGGCGGAUAUUCUGAAGCAACGUCACAAGAGUAACGCGGAGUCCCACAUCGCAUUCUACGACGAAUGCGAUUCGUCCUUCUCUGAGAUUGAACGGGAUCGACAGCGGGAGAAGUUGCGAAUAGCACAGUUUCUUCGCGAGCAGAGCGACGACGUCAGUGAAAUGGCCAAAACGCGUCGUCAGAACACCCUAAAGUCGAGGAUUCAGUUUUACGACUUCAACGAACCGGGAGAACGAUCGCCCCCAAAGGCGUCGUCCCCCACAAAACCAUACACCAACGGGUACCAUCCUCCGCAAACUCCCGAACACGGAGAUCCCCCUCGUUACAGUCCAGUGUCCAACGGAGGAGGCGCUGAUCGGUACCGAAGACAACUAUCCUCACCCGGAGGAUCAUCCGAGUAUCACUACUCGGCCCGCUACACCGGAAGCUACGACGACUUCGAGGACGACGACCGGAGCUACAAAUCGACGGAGCUGAACUUCAGUCCCCCGGGCACCCCCUCGGGCUCCGGAGACAUUCCGGAGCACAAGCGCAACUCCCAGCGACACCUCCGGUCGAGCAUCAAUUUCUGCAACGGCGUGGCGGUGGCCGAUGACAGCAGUGCGCCGCGUAAAACCGUCAGCGUGCGGGAAGCGGCCUCCACUCAGCGCGUGGGAGUCGGAUUACCAAAUCUGUAACAAGAAGAAAUCAGUGUGUGGGGACACGUGAGGGAAACCCGUCUGCGGAAGUAUGUUUGUGCGAGAAUGAGUGAGACACAAUGAAAAAAGUGAAUAUUCUUUGGGGGGAUAUCAAACCAGAGCUAAGUUAGAGCAAGUUCUUUGCGCAAUAAAUGGAGUGGAAGUGUUGGUAUGGUGAUUUAUAACGAAGAAUGAGUCCCGAAUAGCAGUGGAGACUAGCAGCGAUAUGGUGUUUACAAACGCGGAAGUGUCCCCGCCGUGGAGCAGCGGAGAGAUUGACUGUUUAUGGAGAACAACGGUUACGAUUGCAUCCAUCACAUCCAAAAGCAGUCAUCGGGCCAACGCAGCCACCAUAACUACAGCUAAUCCUCUCUACAAAACACCGGCCGAUGUGCGGAGUGCCGCCCGCAUUGUAAAGAUAUCGCACACAGCGGGCUAAUUUUCAAUUGAAUUAUACAACUCAUUCGUCCCAGAUUGGUGCUUUCUGGUGGAGGAGUUGCCACAGCUGCUGCCAAAUAUGAGAAACCGACCCGAACGCGCAAGAACACAACCGAGCAGAGACCUCUAAUUUAAGCUUUCAAUACCCGAUCCGCGUUCGCGCAUUAAUGAUUAUUUAUAGCAACCAGACAAAGCACACACUAUCAAUUAACGGCUGCUGCAAAAAAAAAAGAGAGAAUAUAAAGUAACAAACAAUAAAUGGUGAUAAAUUAUUCAUCGAC